AUGGCGAAUUUUAAGGGUCAUGCACUUCCAGGCAGCUUCUUCCUGCUCUUUGGCCUCUGGUGGUCUGUGAAAUACCCACUGCAAUAUCUCAGCCAGAAAGUAAAUAAAAAAUCCCACAGGGCUUACUGUUUCCAGCGUGUGGAUGCCAUUGAAGGGGGAAUCAAAAUCCUCUUUUCUCUAAUAGGGAUGCUGGCGGAGCAGUUUGUCCCCGAUGGUCCCCACUUGUACCUGUACAGCGGGGAGAAGCACGACUGGGUGAAGCUGAUGAACUGGCAGCACACCACCAUGUACCUCUUCUAUGGACUCUCCGGCGUGGUAGAUGUCUUCACCUACAUCUCCCAGGUGGUGCCGCAGGGUCUGGAUCGCCUCAUGUUGGCCGUGGCCGUGUUCGUUGAAGGUUGUCUCUUCUAUUACCACGUCCUUCACCGCCCCUUGUUGGAUCAGCACAUCCACUCCCUGCUGCUCAUCACCAUCUUCGCUGGGGCUGGCAGCAUCCUGCUGGAGGUUUUCCUCCGUGACAACAUUGUCCUGGAGAUGUUCCGAGCCCACAUCACCAUCGUCCAGGGAACGUGGUUCUGGCAGAUCGGUGUUGUGCUGUUCCAGCCAUGGGGAGGUCCUGUGUGGGAUGAGAAUGAUCACAGCAACAUCAUGUUCCUCACGAUGUGCUUCUUCUGGCACUGGGCAGCUGCUGUGGCCAUCCUGGCUGUGAACUACACCCUCGCAUACUGCUGUCUCCAGAGGCUCCGGAGAGGCAGUGGAGAGCCCUACAUCAGCCUGGGGGUCCGGCAGCAGAAGUGUGACAGCAGCUCCCAAGCUGCCUUCUUGAACGGCUCUGAUGAAGAGUGA